AUGUCCCAACUCGAGACAGCGAUGGCCAUCCUCCUGAAGACCUUUGACAAGUACUCUGGAGCCGAGGGCAACAAGGGCACGCUGAGUAAGGCUGAGCUCAAGACCAUGAUGGAAAAGGAGUUGCCUUCUCUCCUGAAGGUACUGUACACUGCACCAAAUUUAUUAGAUUCAACAAAUCUUUAUUGUCCCAUCCAUUUGCACAUUUACUGAUUGAUCAUGAACACUUAUGAGGGAUUACUAUGUAGAGAAUGUCUUAUCAAAACGCCCAGAAGUGAAGAUGUGACACAGGGAGAUCCUGUUCUAACCGGGAAGUCAAUUCUAUAGUUUAUAUAUCACACUGUUUGUGUGAAUAACAGUCCUUGAGAUGAAUCCUGUUGUUUUGUGGGACACUCAGAAGAACUCCUUCCUUCUCCUCUGUUUCUCUGCAGGCCUCUAAGAACCCCGGGGACUGUGACAAGCUGAUGAAGGCUUUGGACCAUAACGGAGACUCUGAGGUGGACUUCAGUGAGUUCGUGGUCCUGGUCGCUGCUCUCACCUGCGCCUGCCACGACCGUUGCCCCAAGAAAUGA